CCUAUUUCUUAACUUUUGGGACCGGGAGGAGGAAUAAAGCCCUUGUGGCUGAAGCGGAGAGGGGGUGCCGGAUUGCUGCAGCUGCGUACUGUGGAACUUCCCGCCAGCGCCGAGAGACCGACCUUUAGGGCCAAGUGGGGAGCGGGCAGGUGGCCCCGGAUCGCCACGCCCGCGCCUUGGCUCUGCCCCCAGCGAUCCACUGCUCACUCGUGGUGUGAGGGCGGUGAUUUGUUUCCUCCCACCCACUUGUGAGUCCCCCUCCCCCCUCGUACGCACUCUAGCUGUCUCCACAACCUGCGAGCCCUAGACCUCGGAGGAGCACCCCAGGGAGCUCGGAGCGCGUGCACGCGUGGCAGACGGAGGAGGCCAGUGCCCAGCAGCUUGAGUACACUGGACCCUGAAGGUUCUGAGUUGCCUUUUGUAGUGGCCAAAAUGAGAAAAAAGUGGAAGAUGGGAGGCGUGAAAUACAGCUUUUCCUUGUUGCUGUUCUUUCUUUUCCUAGAAGGAAGCAAAACAGAGCAAGUAAAACAUUCAGAGACAUAUUGUAUGUUUCAAGAUAAGAAGUACAGAGUGGGUGAGAGAUGGCAUCCUUACCUGGAACCUUAUGGGUUGGUUUACUGUGUGAACUGCAUCUGCUCAGAGAAUGGGAAUGUGCUUUGCAGCCGAGUCAGAUGUCCAAGCCUUCAUUGCCUCUCUCCUGUGCAUAUUCCUCAUCUGUGCUGCCCUCGGUGCCCAGAAGACUCCUUACCCCCAGCAAACAAUAAGAUGACCAGCAAGUCAUGUGAAUACAACGGGACUACUUACCAACACGGAGAGCUGUUCAUGGCUGAAGGGCUUUUUCAGAACCGGCAACCCAAUCAAUGUACCCAGUGCAGCUGUUCGGAGGGAAAUGUGUAUUGUGGUCUCAAGACUUGUCCCAAAUUAACCUGUGCAUUCCCAGUCUCUGUUCCAGAUUCCUGCUGCCUGGUGUGCAGAGGGGAUGGAGAAUUAUCCUGGGAGCAUUCGGAUGGUGAUAUCUUCCGGCAACCUGCCAACAGAGAAGCAAGACACUCUUACCAGCGUUCUCACUAUGAUCCUCCACCAAAUCGACAGGCAGGCAGCCUGCCCCGCUUUCCUGGGACCAGAAGUCAUCGGGGAGCUCUUAUGGAUUCCCAGCAAGCUUCAGGGACCAUUGUGCAGAUUGUCAUCAAUAACAAACACAAACAUGGACAAGUGUGUGUUUCCAAUGGAAAGACCUAUUCUCAUGGCGAGUCCUGGCACCCAAACCUCCGGGCAUUUGGCAUUGUGGAGUGCGUACUGUGCACUUGUAAUAUCACCAAGCAGGAGUGUAAGAAAAUCCACUGCCCCAAUCAAUACCCCUGCAAGUAUCCUCAAAAAAUAGAUGGAAAGUGCUGCAAGGUGUGUCCAGGUAAAAAGGCAAAAGAAGAACUUCCAGGCCAAAGCAUAGACAACAAAGGCUACUUUUGUGGAGAAGAAACAAUGCCUGUAUAUGAAUCUGUGCUCAUGGAGGAUGGGGAGACCACAAGAAAAAUAGCACUGGAGACUGAGAAACCACCUCAGGUAGAGGUCCACGUUUGGACCAUUAGAAAGGGCAUCCUCCAGCACUUUCAUAUUGAGAAGAUCUCCAAGAGGAUGUUUGAGGAUCUCCAUCAAUUCAAGCUGGUGACCAGGACAACCCUGAGCCAGUGGAAGAUAUUCACCGAAGGAGAAGCUCAGAUCAGCCAAAUGUGUUCAAGUCGUGUGUGCAGAACAGAGCUUGAAGAUUUGGUUAAGGUUUUGUACCCGGAUAGGUCUGAAAAGGGCCACUGUUAGGUGAGACAGACAGCAUUGGAGAGGGUAAAGCAAGAAAACUCAAGCUGCAGCUGGACUGCAAGCUUAUUCUGCUUAAGUCAACAGUGCGCUAAAACCCCAAACUCAAACACAGUCAAUUAUUCAUGCCUUGCACAGCAUAACUUGCUCCUUUAUGUGGAGUGGUGUGUCAGCCUUUAAACAUCUCCUUCCAAAGAGGCUAGAAGAGUCUUGAAUUAUUUGUGGGAGGAAGAGGGAUAAAACACCACAACACCGCUCUAAUUUCUUGUAAAAUAACACUUCUUUACAGGUUAAAGAGCAAACAAAACCCAAGGUUUCAAUCUAGAAAGUUAUUCAAAUGAAGGAAAGAGAAAGGAAUGCUUAGUAGAAGCUCUGAAGUACAGAGCAAUUCCUUAUAUGAAAUUAUACUCUUUGAAUUUUAGAAUGCCUUGCAUUUAAAAAAAAUUAACUCCCCCCACCAUACACACACACACACACAUUAAACUAUAGCAUUUAUUCUGAAGUAAAGUCAGCCUAGACUUACCCUUCUUUCGCUUGUCUGGUUCCCAAGUAUCUUACAGGUUGUUGGUGCCCGAGACAAUAAAUAAGGAAGGGUCAGCAGAAGGCUCUGCCCUUGAGUCUUUGGUAUGGUUGUUAAAGUCACCAACUGUGAUAAUAUGGUAAAAAGUGAUAAAUAAUUGUGCCCAAAUGAUACCACUUCUCUUUUCUCCAUGAACCUAUAGGGCCUCCAUAAAGGAGAUAGAUUUGGAUGAAAUUAAAAAAAAAAAAAAAAAACGAAUCAAUAUAAGGCUAAAUAAUUGUUAAAUAAAGGAGUCAA